UCUUGCCACCGGUGAUCUCAGUAGCCGGGGACUCAUUCUAGCCGCCGCCGUAAAUGAAGGCGCAGAAAGGCCACGGAGCCAAGCUCACGCGGACCCCUUCCUCGCUUCUUCGCUCCCCGACCCUCCGCUCCUCCGUCAACAUCCUCUCCACCGUCGACGAGGCUGCCGCCACCGACGUCGAUGACCCGGAUGAGAGGAAAUCCCACCACCGCAGCGGAGGCGGCCGCCCCCACCGGCCUCGUCUCCCACUACCUCCGGCCCUGCUCCCCCUCACCUUCUUCCUCUUCCUCUUCCUCGUCCUCCACCACCUACGCGACGACGCCCCCCUCCUCAGCAACCUCCUUCUUACCGCCGUUGUGGUCUCACUCGCCUGCAUCGCCGCCCGCCGGUCCCACUUCCUCACUUUCUGCCGCCGCGGGGUCCAGCGAGGCGAGUCGGUGCAGUGGUUCAUCGGCGACGGCGAGCGGGAGUCGAAGAAGAGAAAAAUGAAUGGGAAGAUGGUCACAGAAGGGGUGGAAUUCUACAGCAACGGGGAUUUCUAUGAGGGGGAGUUCCACAAGGGACGCUGCAACGGGAGCGGUGUCUAUAAAUUUUUCGACAAGGGGAGGUAUGAAGGGGAUUGGGUUGAUGGUAAGUAUGAUGGGUAUGGGAUGGAGAGCUGGGCGAGGGGUAGCCGAUACCGGGGGCAGUACCGGCAGGGCCUGCGGCAUGGCUUCGGGUUGUACAGGUUCUACUCCGGCGAUAGCUACGCCGGAGAGUGGGUCGGUGGGCAGAGCCAUGGUGUGGGAGUGCAGGCAUGCUCCGACGGGAGCUGCUAUGUAGGGGAAUUCAAGUGCGGGGUGAAGCAUGGCGUUGGCUGCUACCAAUUCAGGAAUGGUGAUCGGUACGCUGGAGAGUACUUUGGUGACAAGAUCCAUGGAUUUGGAGUCUAUAACUUCGCUAAUGGUCACUGCUAUGAGGGUUCAUGGCAUGAAGGGAAGAAACAGGGGUUUGGAAUAUAUACAUUCCGUAAUGGUGACACAAGAUCUGGAGGGUGGGGCUGUGGGAUUCUAAAGAGCCCUUUACCGCCAUCAGACCAGACCAUCCAGCAGGCCCUUCAGGCUGCUCGGAAGGCUGCAGAGGAUGCUAUUCUCGUUCCGCGGGUGGAUGAGCAAGUAAACAAGGCUGUAACUGCUGCUAAUAGAGCAGCGACUGCUGCCCGAGUUGCUGCGAUCAAAGCUGUGCAGAACCGGAUGGAUGGAAAGUUUUGUGACACCAAUCUUUAGGGUCAAGCUUUUGCUUAAAUUGUACAUAUAAAUACUUAAUAAUCGCCAGUCUCAGAAUUUGCUACCAGGUAUGGCAACUACUUGGCUGGGCUUGGGAGCGAGGGGUAAUUAAGCCGACAAUUUUGGAUAUCUGGGCUCUGGAAUGCAUACUGCGGUCCCCUCGUCGUGACCGUAACAUGUACAUAAUUCCUUGUAUGUGUAUGAUCUGAAUUGAGCUUUUUAAUGCAACUCGUGCGGUUACCCUCUGCUUUCUACA